UCGUCGCACAUGUAACCGAAUUGACCUCCGGCUUUUGCACAACCAAAUGCGUGCGUUUUGGUAAUUUUAGGAACUGGUUAUCAGCGGUGUAGAAAUAGAAGUAAAAACAAAAAACAAAAAAAAAAACAAAACAUACGAGUAAAUAAAGUGAAUUCUUAUAGCGUCAGCUUCUUCACGUUGAGAUAGAGUAUCUAGGCAUCAUAGAUAGACAUCAUUAAUGUCCGGACUCCAAGUGCUGUCUCCCGAUACGGGCCCUGUGGCAACGCGGCCCCCCGAAGACGAAAUUGAAGGAGAUGAUGAGGACGAAGACCUGGAUGAGACCUUCCUGGAGAGGUUGUGGGGGCUGACGGAGAUGUUCCCAGACACACUGCGCUCAGCCGCAGAAGUGUCUGCGAAUUGCUCACUGUCCGUAGGAAAAAGACUUUACAGUUUUUCCCGUGCUGCACUCUGGGUGGGCACCACUUCGUUUAUGAUUUUGGUUCUUCCAGUUGUCUUUGAGACAGAGAGGCUACAGCUGGAACAGCAGCAGCUACAACAGCAGAGACAGAUUUUAUUAGGGCCAAAUGCUGGUAUGUCUGGUGGAAUGCCUGGAAUGAUGCCCCCUGCUCCUGGAAAACUCUGAAGAAUCUGCAGCUCUUAGUGGACCUCUAGGAGACGCAGCUUGGUCAACAUAUUACAGAACUUAUGUGAAUUGGAGAAGAGUGAAUGUACUUUCCAAAGAGCUGCAAAAGAAGUUUCCUGGUGCUGUGUUUCUUGUUCAGUGUCUUGUGUAAUAUUCUGAGCACAGAAAAUGCAUCAUUGUUAUAGCUCUGUUAUUACAUGUCUUUCUGAAAGUAAAACGGUGACAGUCAGAGUACUUUUUGUGUUUGUCCUAAAUGCAUACAUAACGCCAAUAUAAAAUCUAUUUUAUUUUAACAUUUGGAUAUUAAGUGCUCAUUAUGAAAAUUGUCUAAUGGAUUAUAAAGAUAAGUUGGAUGCAUUGGUGGAUCUGAAAGAUGUAAACAUCCACAGGUUCAGAUUGUUGGAAUGAAUGUCUGGUGAAGUUACUGUUUACCAACAAUGUCCUAUACAGAUGUGUUUUAAAUAAGAUCAUUUAAAGUAGAAAACUGUCAGAAGCUAUACAUUAUAAGAAGUACAGUUCACAGUGUAUUUUGUUUAAUAAUGGUCUCAGUAAAAUUUCUUACUUGUGACUGUCUGGCAAUGAGGAAUAAAAAAAGAUUAUGAACUUAAAACCAUGAUGACCUAAUAUUAAAUGAAGGCCAUAGAUGA